GAAACGCGAGGAAGUGAAGGCGACUCAAUUGGGUAUAAAGCAUCAGCCAACAUCUGCCCCGAGCAGUGCAAAGCUGAUGAAAACAUCAGCUCGGAGCUCUAACAGGACGUCCACGCUCCAUUUUAUUUCCUGUGGAUUUAUAAUUUGGUAUUACCGAGUCGGUGCACCCGGAGAGACGCAUCUAUUUUCUCCAUUUAAACUGAAUGAGACUCUUUACUAGAGACUAUACUGGAAUUAACUGAUAUCCACACAUCGUCUUGCGCACCUGUUACCUCCACGGAGAGCAGGACCAUGAUCCCUCCGGGAGACUGCAUGUAUGCGGGCAGAAAGAGGAGGAAGCCCGUCCAAAAACAGAAGCCGUCCUCAGCCAAUGAGAAAACCAACCCGUCCAAGCGGCACCGGGACAGGCUGAACGCCGAGCUGGACCGGCUGGCCAGCCUGCUGCCGUUCCCCCCGGAUGUCAUCUCCAAGUUGGACAAGCUGUCGGUGCUGCGCCUCGCCGUCUCCUACCUCCGUGUCAAGAGUUUCUUCCAAGCAAACCAAGACAAAUCCUCCAGGAAGCACAUCAUCAGCCCUGCAUCGUCUAACCCCGAGCCCAGGAAAGAGAGCCUGCCGCUGGGCACCACCGUCACUGAAAGCAACCUCCUUCUGGAAUCUCUGACAGGCUUUGCCUUGGUGGUGAGCAGCGAUGGGAUGGUCUUUUACGCUUCCUCCACUAUUGUGGACUAUCUUGGCUUCCAUCAGACGGAUGUGAUGCACCAGAAUGUGUUUGACUACAUCCACAUCGACGACCGCCAGGAGUUCAGACGCCAGCUCCACUGGGCCAUGUGUCCUCCGCAGCACCAGGCGCCAUCGCAGCACCAGGAGAGCCAGCUAGCUCCAGGGACUGGUGAGGACUAUGUUGUGAGCAGCCUGUUCCAUUCUCCGGAGGCGGGGGGGAUUCCUCCUGAGCUUUCCUCCUUCCUUAACAGAUGUUUCAUAGCCAGGGUCCGCUGCCUGUUGGACAGCACCUCUGGAUUCUUGACUAUGCAGUUCCAGGGCCGGCUGAAGUUUCUCCACGGGCAGAAAAAGAAGUCGGCCUCCGGAGCUCUGCUGCCUCCGCAGCUGGCUCUUUUCUGUGUAGCCGUACCUCUCCUACUGCCAUCCAUCACUGAGAUGAAGAUGAAGACCAUGUUGAUGAGGGGAAAGAGCAAGGGAGGAGGAGGAGGAGGACUCAUCUCUGCACUGGAGCACGGUGAGCGAGGGGAGCACCUCCGGCGGCACUCUCUCAGUGGAGGAAUGGGUGACAUUGGAGACCCUCUCCUCCUAUCCUGCCCCACUCCUGGUGGUGGCCAGCGAGGUCACCACACCCCCUGGACCCCCCUCUCCAAAGACAACCUCAAGUACCGCCCUGAUGGUUAUUAUAACCAGGAGGAACCCCUCAACUACUGCAAAACUUCCAUGGCUCCCCACAAAGGCCUCAGCCCAGGCCUGGGUGGAGGGUGGCCUCUGCGCCCCAGCUCAGGACCCCUCAGAGCAGGUCAGGGCAUUGGUUACAUCCCUUCCAACCGUUUGAAUAAAGCUGGGCAAUAUGGGAAGCCAUACCGCCUUUCCCCUAGCUGCCACAGCAGCAGAGGCAGCGAGGUGUUUGUCUCUAAGCUCUACGGGAACCUCCAGAGUCCCACAGAUCCAGACGUCUACUGCGUGGACCUGGUCAAGAGCGAGAACGGCUAUGGUGAAUGCUACGAUGGCCAUCUGAUGCCUGAGAUGCCGCCCAUCAAGGUGGAGCACGACUCGGACUCAGAGAACGGCUGCGAUGCCUACGGGCGACCAUGGGCUUGUCGCGAUCCAGAGUCUAUCGAUCGCCGUUUCGGAAACGGGGUAUACGACCCAAGCACCGGCCUCCAGCUCAAAUCAGAGGGAGAUUACUAUGAUCAGCAAUACUCGCCUUGCCAGCGAGGGAAAGCAGGGAUCAGCCCGCCAUACAACAACGGCCACUAUCAGAACUAUGCAAUCAACAACAGCGGGAACGCUGCUGGACGUUUGUUGAAGUGCGACAAAGACAUGGGCAAUAGCAACAACGACAACCAGUUUAGUCCUCAGAGACUUGCUCACUCAGACCCUCUGUGCAGCAGUCAAUCCAUCAACCUCAUGGACUCGCACCUCUAUCCAGGCGCUACACUGGACCCCCACAAGGCCUACAUGCCCCAGGACUAUAACAAGCAUGGCAGUUAUGAGUUCAAAGGUCAUGGGCUUAUCCAUUCAAUCAAGCGGGAGCCCAUGGACUCUCCCCCGUGGUCAGAAAGUGGUCAUGACAUGGGUCAGUCCAUGAUGGUCGGUCCGAGGAACGUUAUGCCAUGUGUGAUGAGCACAGGGCACCACAAAUCCAACCCCUACAUAUAUAUGCAAUAAAAGACUGGCCAAUGCAUCCCUGUAAAACUUCACAUAAGUACUUACUCCCUCCCACAAUCUGAGUAUGUACAUUGUAGUACAUGAUACUUUUAUCAGUUUCAGACUACCAUGAACUGUCUUUGAUUAUAAGGACUCCCACAAUAUUAGCGUUUAAAUUACUUCUUCGAUUUGAUGAAGAGGUCACAAACAAGGCUCAGGUUGACAGACUAGCGUUGUGACAAUCAAAAUCAAUCAUUUCGAUCCAGUUUUUGGGAUAUUUGCAUUCGUUUCUAAGGAGUAAAUUUUGUAGUUAUCAUUUCCAGGCACUUUUGGAUAUAGUGACUAUGACGCGAGUCUUGUCUAGACACACAGUUUUGUUUUGUUCUUUUGUGUUGUGUACACCUGGCUUUUGUGGGGGGUUGAACAAGUUUGUUUUUUUUUUCGCUGUAAAAAGAUUGUUGUUUUAUUAUUUACUUUGUACACAGGAGGCGACUUUAGCCCUUCUGGGCUUAUUCAGGAGAGAUGGGUGAUUUGGAAAAGCACAUUUGGGAGUCAAUGGCAACAACAUAAGGAGCAACCAGUCUUGAUGACUUAAAUAUACCCACAAGAUUUGUUCAUAAUCUCUAUUGCCAUGAAAUUUAGUUUAACAAUGUAAAUAAGGGUAGCAGGGUGGCGCAUUCUGUGACUUCUGACCUUCUUGUGGAGGCAGGACAAGAGGAUUUCCUGUAGGAUUGAAUUAGAAUAUCAAAUUAAAUGAGAGGUCAGAUACCUAUAACUUGUGGCUGUAUUGUCUAUGCACUAUCAUCAAUUUAAACAUGUAAAAAGCUACAGUAGCACCAAUCCGUGACAGCAUGAGACCCGAGGUGACCUUACUUGUUGACCAUUUACCAAACGAGAUGUUUUGCAUGCCGCUGGCUAAACCGAAUAUUACAAGUAACUGAAGGAUUGUUCAGACCAGUUUUGUGUAUGUAUGUGUGCCUGAGUGAGUGAGUGUGUGUGUGUGUGUGUGUGUGUGUGUGUGUGAGGGAGCUUGUGUGUUGGGGGGGAGGGUCAUCUAGUUCUCAUGGAAGGAAAAGAAGGCAGUCCAUUGUUUUUGAGGUUCGAGUUUUUCUUGUUAUGCGCACAAACUUUCAUCAUUUGAAGUCACCACCGUGAAACCCCUGUCAAGCAUACAAUAUUAUAUUAAUUUAUGUCAUUUUAUGUCAAAACUAAUGUUGUACAGCUUUGGAUUAGCGUUUAUGGCAAGAUCAGCAUUUCAACUUGAUUAUAGCCUAUCUCACUGCAGCAUUGUCAUGUUUCCAUUGAAAUGAAUAUACACAUUUUGUAUUGUGUCUGUAAAGUAAAAAAAAAAAUCAUCAGUUAUAGUCUUCACAAUCAGUAUUUUUUGCACAACUGAAUUAAAAGCACCAAAUUAUGAGUCAAUAUCAAAGUCUCAGUUUCUGUGAAGCUACUGUUGUAGUUUCUGAGUUGCACUAUUGGGAGUACUUCAGUUCAAGUUCAGCCUACCCAGACAGGUUGUCGACUCGACACGCACAACUGCAAGUGGUGUCACCUUUUUGAAUUUAUCUUUCUUUUUGUGUGUUCUGUUCAGUAAAUGUUUGAUGAUUCGUAUUUAUUGUAAGAGGCAGAAGUGUAUAUUUAAAAAUUAAAGUUUUGAAGGCUUUGCUGUCUCACUAAGGACAAUAAAUAAGGCUUUUUCUUCUGUAUCUUUUUGAUAAAUGUUAACAAGACUCUCGAAAACAGGCUUGUCUCACGGAGGAGGUAGCUGCAAGGUAGCGAACACAGUGUACAGACUGCAGUGUCUUCCAAUGUUUCUAUGUGUUUUUGCAAAUGGGACUUCUCUAUUAAAAGACUGUUCUUUAUAUGGAAAA